AUGAUAGGGUUAUACUAUGUAUUUGAUGAAUUAAUUGUUGAUUUAUCACAAAAUAUGUAUGAUAAAAAUGAAAUGGAAAAUGAAAUGAAUGAUAUUCUUGAAUAUUUAAAUAAAUAUUGUGAUAAAAAAAAGACAUCCGGAGGGAAUGGUGUUGCUUUAGUUACAGGAACAGAAGGAACAAUUGGAAGAGAAAUUUUUAAUUUUGAAGAACAUAACAAUGAAAGACAAUUACUAUUUAAAAAUAAUCAUUUAGUAACAUAUAUAAAUUGUGAUAUGAAAAAUUUAAAAAAUGUUAAAGAUGCUUGUAAUAGUAUUAAAAAAAUGAUUGAUUCAUUGGAUCUUAUUAUAUGUAAUGCAGGAGUUAUGUGUAUUGAUAAUAAAAAAAAUUUUAAUAAUAAUAAUGAUAACAAAAUUGAAAAAUUUUAUCAAUCAAUUAUUGAAAAUCAUUCAUUAAUUAAUUUUAUAAGUCAUGUUGGUAUUGUUAAUGAAAUGAAAAAACUUUUAAAAAAGAGUUCAUUUCCACAGGGAGGAAAAGUUGUUUUUAUUUCAUCAUCAACAUGUCAUGCUGGUAAAAUACCAACAUUAAAAGAAAUUAAUGAAGGAACAUUUUUAACACAAUAUUUAAAUGGAUAUCAAGCAUAUGCCAAUUCUAAACUUUAUCUUUCAAUGUACUCUUUAUAUUUACAUAAUUUUUCUCAUACUAAAGAUGGAAAUAAGUUAACCGAUUAUAAAAGUAAUGAAAAAUGUGAAUGUCGUGACAUUAAUAAAAGGAAAAUUCAAUAUUUAUCCCUUCAUCCUGGUGUUGUAGCUGGAGAUUUAUAUAAACACGUCAAUUUCAUUUUCCAAUAUGCCAUAUGCAAUAUUUUAAAGGUUAUCUUACGGUCACCAGUUGUUGCAGCUUACUAUAUAACAGAGAUAUCAUUAAAUCCAAUAUUUAAAUUAGAAGGAAGAUAUUUUGAAAAUAAUUAUCCAGUUAAAAUUAAAGGUUUACUAGAAACCCCAAAUUUAAUAGAAAAAUUUGGUCGAAAAGUUGAUGAUGUUUUAGAAGAUAUUGGUUUUAAUUUUUCUUAA